AUUUGUUGUAAUAUGUGGAUGGAGUCAUCUGAUUCACAACAACAACAAUUUAAAGAAUGGAAAGAAAUUUGGAAAAGCAUUUAGAAGACACAAUUCGCAAUCCGGACAUCGCUGGUGUUCUUUGCACAGAUGAACAUGGGUUAUGCUUAGGAGCGAAAGGCAACGUUAACAAGGAUGCUGCUGGACACAUUGCCAGCAUUGCUGAGAGUGCUGCAAGACUUAACCCCAACAUGCCAGCGCCUGUGAUCUGCAUUGAGACAGAGGGAGGGAGUAUCUUGAUCAAGAAAGAAGACAAAAUCACCAUGGCAAUCUACAAGCAGCCUAAUUAAAUUAAUUAUUGUUCCUUGAAGCAUUUGUAAUUUUGUAUAUAUUACAUAUUUAGUGCAAUAAAAUGUAUAUAAAAAUC